AUUCACCCCACCGGGAAGUUUUUCGUGCUUUCGGAUGGAGAAGGGAAACACACGACGGUGGAGCUGAUGGAGCCUCUAGACGAAGAGAUCUCGGGAGUUCUGGAAGUAGUGGGAAGAGUGACGAAUCAGGCGACCAUCAUGUGCGUGUCGUACGUCCAGUUCAGAGAAGACAAAAGUCCCUUUGAUCUGGAACUUUACAAUGAAGCACUAAAAAUUAUCCAUGAAUUCCCUGAAUACUUCCCGUUCGGUGCUGGGAGGAACAAUUGA